ACCGAGCCAAACCGGCUAUGGCUAGUGGGGCUCUGGUGGGGAGCUCUAGCUCCCCUGACCUCAUCUGUCCUUGGGUUCGGCCGGCACCAGUGGCAGUAACUGGGUCUCUGUUCUCUCGCUCCCCGACCAGGGGGGUUAAGCUCCGUGCUCUCUGGUGUCCUUGGUGAGGGGGGAGAAGUCUGGCGAUUCCCUAGCUGGCUGUGCUUUGUUCAAAUUGUUUGGCCUGGUGUAGCUAUCCCUCUCGGUUUCCCAUUCCACUUGCCCAGGAAUUUUCCCAGCUUCUUGCUAUCCUGCCAGUGGGGUUUGUGUGUGUUCCGUCUGCCUCUGGGGCCUCAGGCUCUGUGGUUGUCGCUGUGGUCUUUCUGUGGAUGACUCGGCCCCGAGCUGUCUCCCCCGGGACACGAGAGACAGGAGCAAUUACUGGUCAGUCCUCAGGGCUCAGCCGGGCAGACCGGAGGGCUGGGCACACCCGUGGAGGCUGGGAGGGGGCGGCAGGCUGUGGGUGCUGGGGGAGGAAGGCCUCCCAGGGCCCUGUGGGGACAGCAAGACCCCCUGGCCUCCAAGGUCACACCGCACGCAGGUCUGGCUGCCGGGAAGCUGGUGACACUGAGACUGCGGGUGGGGACCUGGCCAGCCUUCCACCCACCACCCCAUCCUGACCUCAUCUGCUGCCCAGUCAUUUGGGAUGUGAGUCAUGGGAAGAAUACAGGACAAACACCUCGGGAGGAGGAAAAGGCCACUCCUGCUUCCCCCCGGGGAGGGAGGUGUGCGGGUCCGGGAAGUGCAGUGCCCAGCAGCCGGGCAAACAGGACCAGCUUCCAGGGACCCACGAGGUGCCGGACACUCGGGAGAGACCCCAGACGGCCAGGGUCCCAGCUGAGGGCCUGGAUCCUGCUCCCAGGUGGCAUUUGGCCAAAUCGGGGGCCCUCUUGCAAGAGACGGUGUCCAGAACUCUCGGACCUGCACCUCCCGGGAAGUCCACCAGAUGGUCACGUGGCCCAGGAACCAGCCCUUGAACCUGGCGAUUGAUUCCACUUCUUAGGCAAGGCCCUUGGACUCCUCUUCCCGUGUAACAUCCGCACAGAGAGGUGCGCUUGCAGCGCGGGGUGUCUCCAGGAGCCGAGCACUCAGGUGCCUGGAUGGAGAACGCGUCUCUCAGCGACGAGUAUGAGUACAGCCACUAUGACGAGGAGGUUUCGGAUUUCCCCGUGGACUGCGCCGACGGCACCUGCGUCGCCCUCGGGCCCCUCCGAGUGGCCCCUCUCCUGCUGUACGCACUGGUCUUCCUGGUGGGGGUGCCGGGCAACGCCAUGGUGGCCUGGGUGAGCCGCCAAGAGGCCCAGCGGCGGGCCGGGGCCGCCUGGUUCCUCCAUCUGGCCAUGGCCGAUCUGCUCUGCUGCGUGUCCCUCCCGAUCCUGUCGGUGCCCAUCGCGUGGGGAGGCCAGUGGCCCUAUGGGGCCGUGGGCUGCCGGGCCCUGCCCGCUGUCAUCCUGCUGUCCAUGUUCACCAGCGUGCUGCUCCUGGCCGCCCUCAGCGCGGACCUGUGCCUCCUGGCGCUGCGGCCCGCCUGGUGGGCACCCGAUCGGCGGGCGUGCCGGGUGCGGGUGGCCUGCGGGGCGGCCUGGGCCUCGGCCUUGCUGCUGACCCUGCCCUCGGCCAUCUACCGCCGCCUGCACCGGGAGCGCUACCCGGCCCGGCUGGAGUGCGUGGUGGACUAUGGCGGCUCGGCCGUGGCCGAGAACACGGUGGCCGCCGUCCGGUUUCUGGGCGGCUUCCUGGGGCCGCUGGUGGUCGUGGCCGGCUGCCACGGCGCCCUCCUGUGCCGCGCGGCCCCACGCCGCUGGCCGCUGGGCAUGGCCGUGGUGGCCGGCUUCUUCGUCUGCUGGGCCCCCUACCACGUGCUGAGGCUGGUGCUCGCCGCGGCCGCCCCGCGCUCCCGGCUGCUGGCCCGGGCCCUGCGGGCGGAGCCCCUGGUCGCGGGCCUGGCCCUGGCCCACGGCUGCCUCAACCCCGUGCUCUUCUUGUAUUUCGGGCGGGCGCAGCUCUGCCGGUCACUGCCCGCCGCCUGUCGCUGGGCCCUGCAGGGGCCGGAGAGCCAGGAUGAGAGUGCGGUCAGCAAGAAGUCCACCAGCCACGACCUGGUCUCGGAGAUGGCGGUCUAGGCCGGAGGGGAAACCGGCCUGUCUCCUCCGACCCCAAUUCACCAAACUGGCUUCAGGGAGAUUCAGGGUUUCAGUGCUAUCGUCAUGUAUCCCUUUAUUCACUCAACAAACGUUGUUUUUUUUUUUUAACAUAUAUUUUUUAUUGAUUUCAGAGAGGAUG